AUGCUCUCCUCGGGCGCCGCCCACAAUGGGUGUUCGUGCUCGUCAUGUUCAUCCACCUGCUCACAACGAGGCUGCAACACCGAUCGCUGCCCACAUCCCCCGGCUGACCAGACUUACACUGUCGACCAACUUGGGCUUUUCCAACACAUCAGCAGUCAGGCCAACAAAUUCCUGAUGAUGGAAGAAGCGAAGGCUCGGAACAUGGUCCAACUGCUCAUUAGCAAUGCACUUGCAUUGCCAUAUCUCAUGGACGAAUUGCUUGCAAUGGCUGCGCUGCAUUUAAGCUCUCUGUCAUCGGACUUGGUGGAAAAACUAGGAUACCAACGUCAAGCAAGCCUACUGCACAAUCGCGCCAUCUCGCUUUACGAUAUGGGGUCUACGGCAGAUGCAGGCGGCGACAGUAUGGGCAAAUUUCUAUUCUACUCACUUCGGAGUUUACAAAACCUCUUGGAGAUCUCCGAAUGUGAACACGAUUCAUCAAGAUGUUUGCACCGGCUUGUCGAUUUCCUCCACUUCCACCAGAAAAUGCGAGCUCAUAAAGACCGAGCGCUGCAGGUUCUUCGAACGACGUCCCUACAGCCGUUGAUUCAAUCCAUAGCCGAUGUCGACCCAGAUGCCGCCAUAUCGAGAGGCGGACGUGCGUGUGAUGAGUUAUCGGCUCGGAUAGAGACGGCUGGCCUCGAUCCAGCUGCCAUGGAAUCGUGUCGAGUUGCGAUAAAACACCUGCGCUGGGUGUUCGGUGUGCAAGAGACAUUUCCCGCAGAGUUUGGCGGCAAAGCACACGUCGUUAUGGCCUGGCCACUCUUAAUCCCAGAACAUUUUGUAGAUCUGCUGGAUCAGCGUAGGCCGGAGGCGCUUGCAAUUGUGGCGCACUAUGCGGCCCUGCUGUAUAGUUGCAACGACCUGUGGGUCUUUGGCGACAGAGGAAAAUGUCUGGUGCAGUCGAUUUCUGGUUAUCUCCAACCAUAUUGGAGGGAGUGGCUGUCAUGGCCUAACAUAAUUGUAAACGCUGUUGGGUGGACCGAUUCUUGCGACGAUAGAUUGGUAUAG